CCCGUUCUUUUCCACGUUCGAAUUUUGGUCACAGACCUCAUAAGAUUAGUAAACGAAAAAUGCUUCGAUCUGCCAGCUCUUUUUCGCGUUUGCUUAACAGCAGCAAAAAGACGGCUCCAUUGGCAGCAGCAUGGAAGAGAUUUUAUGGUGAUGGUUCAAACACAAAGCUGUUUAUCAAUGGCCAGUUUGUUGAGUCCUCGACUGACAAGUGGAUUGACAUUCACAAUCCAGCCACUAAUGAAGUCAUCUCUAGGGCCCCUGAGACCACCAAUGCUGAGAUGGAAUCAGCUGUUGCCGCAGCAAAAACAGCCUUUCCUGGUUGGGCCGAUCAGUCCAUUCUGUCUCGGCAACAAAUCAUGUUUAACCUUCAGCACCUUGUCAAAAAAUAUAUGAAAGAAAUUGCUGAUAUAAUCACCAUGGAUACUGGCAAGACAACAGCUGAUGCUAUGGGCAGUGUUCAAAGAGGACUACAGGUUGUUGAACAUGCCUGCUCAAUCACUUCUCUACAGAUGGGUGAAACAGUGUCACAGAUCACCAAGGACAUGGAUACUUAUUCGUACAGGGUUCCAUUGGGUGUCUGUGCAGGAAUCACCCCGUUCAAUUUUCCAGCAAUGGUGCCAUUAUGGAUGUUUCCUAUGGCACUGGUUUGCGGCAACACAAUGGUCAUGAAACCAUCUGAAAGGAACCCUGGUGCCACCAUGUUUAUCAUGAAACUGGCACAAGAAGCUGGCAUUCCUGAUGGCUGCGUAAAUGUUAUACAUGGAUCUGUUGAACCUGUCAGAUUCAUCUGUGAGCAUCCUGACAUCCGUGCCAUUUCAUUUGUUGGUUCAGACACAGCUGGAAAAUAUAUCUAUGAAACAGGUUCCAAGCAUGGAAAAAGAGUGCAGUCUAACAUGGGAGCAAAGAACCAUGGCGUUAUCAUGCCUGAUGCUAACAAGGAAAACACAAUAAACCAGCUCGUUGGAGCAGCAUUUGGUGCCGCUGGUCAAAGGUGUAUGGCUCUUACCACAGCGAUAUUUGUUGGAGAAAGCCAAGAAUGGAUUCCAGAUCUUGUAGCCAAGGCUAAAGAACUCCAAGUUAAUGAAGGUCAUCAGCCAGGUGCUGACCUUGGACCUGUUAUUUCUCCGGCAUCAAAAGAACGUAUCUGUAGUCUGGUGCAGUCUGGUGCUGAACAGGGAGCUAAGAUUGAGUUGGAUGGCCGUGACGUGAAAGUAAAGGGUUUUGAGAAAGGAAACUUUAUUGCACCAACCAUCGUGUCUAAUGUUACACCGGAAAUGACGUGUUAUAAAGAGGAGAUCUUUGGACCUGUUUUGAUCACUAUGAAUGUGGACACACUGGAUGAGGCCAUUGACAUAGUGAACAAAAACCCCUAUGGUAAUGGUACCGCCAUCUUCACGAACUCUGGAGCGAUCGCACGAAAAUACCAACACAAAGUCGAUGUUGGACAGAUUGGCGUCAACGUUCCCAUUCCUGUUCCACUGCCCAUGUUUUCGUUCACGGGAUCACGUGGAUCUUUCUUAGGGGAUUCGCACUUUUACGGAAAACAGGGUAUCAACUUUUACUUAGAAGUCAAAACCAUCACAAGCCUUUGGAGAGACGAGGACGCCGAAGCUCUUAAGGCCCCGACAGCUUUCCCCACUAUGAAGUAAACCGAGCGAGCAUCAUCAACAUUUGCAAGAAAUUCUUCUGAUGGCAUGAGAGCACGGAAUAUAACUGCCUUAACAAACUCGACGACCAUAAACUGGGAUUUGAAAAAAAAAUUAAGAGGAAAAACAUUCCUGAGUGAAAACAAUGUAGAUUCGAACAAAUAGCAGUUUUUUACUGGCUCGACGCCGCUAUGAGGAGCGACCGUUAGCGAUAAUGGCGCGCGUGCUCCUAGGCUAAAACAGGGCUGAAAGCAUGCCGCGCGGUCUUCACAGAUUGUCAAGCUUGAUUUUUAAUGUUGAUUCAUCCUGAUACUGCUAUUUAAAGAACUCUUCAUGAAUGAAAUGAAUGCCGACCAUAAUAAUCAUCCAGUAAUAAAUAUUUUUUUCCCACAGA